AUUUUUACUUGGAAUAUACCUAAGUUAUUAUAAGUUAUAUUUAAAUAAUCCACAAAAUAGACAGAGCAAUGUUUAUAUAAAGACGAAAAGCCUUAUGACAUGUUAAAUGAAUUUACCAUUCUUUACAGAAUCCUUCAUUGAACAAUACGAUAAUUUUUACGGUGUUAUGUUCAAAACUAUCUUCCACAAAAAUGUUUUCAAUAAAAAGUUCAGCCUUAAUUAGGAAAAAUAUUAAAUAUGUUUAUAGGAGUUCAAAUAGAUGGUUUUGUAAUAAGAAUGUUUGUGGGUGUAAGUCAGGCGAGGAGUCGGGUGAUGGUGGUGAUGGUUGGCCGAGACGCGUGGUGACCGGGCUGCAGCCGACGGGGGAGCUGCACGUGGGCAACUACUUCGGCGUGCUGCGGCGCUGCGUGCAGCUGCAGGAGCAGGGCGAUGAUGUCAUGGUGUUCAUUGCCGAUUUGCACUCCUUUACAGGACGACAGCAUACAAUCUCUUCCGAUGUGACCAAUUCUUGCCUUGUGACAUGUCAAAUAACUUGCUGUCACCUGCGCAGUAAAAAGCGUUGCUUGUAAUUUGCUUCAACCAGAUAAAUAAGCUUACUUUUCUGGUCCAUGGUAAGUGCAUUGUAUCUCCACUUAGCCAGUAAUAUAUUCUUUUACAUUACCAAUCAAUAUUUUGUCAACUUAUAGGAUUAUAGAAAAGUGUCUAAAUUUAUUUAAUACAUUACAGAGCGUUUUAGGAAUUAUACACAUUGCCCAGGAACUGUUUACAAUGAAGGAUUUCAUAUAUAUCUUUUAUAGUAUAAGGUGGCAAAUGAGUAAGCGGCCACCUGAAUGUGCAGAAAUGGCGACGAGACCCCGCUGCUCAUACACAUCUGCAAUUGCAGAUGCAUCACUUACCCUUAAUUGACGGAGGAGUUGCCU